UCGGUCCUCAUACGGUGCGCCGCAUCCAGAAAAGCUAUGACUGAGAGCACAAAGCGGGGGAACAACUGACAUGAAUUUAUAUGCUUUGUAGCUUUUGCAUACGCUUGUGUAGCUUGUGAGCUACACAAGAGGUGACCUUCAGCCGGACUGGAGUCCAACUACAAUACAGAGAACUAAAACGGGAUCAUCAGGACGGCAGAAACAGCAGAUACCCGAAAAGAGAAGAGAAGAUCCUAACAGGAGAGGACCUCUUGACCCAGCAAACAUCAGCCAGCAGCUUGCAUCAUCAUGGAAAUGGACACUGGUCUCAAUCACGUGAAUGUCUAUUCACAGAAUCAAGACAAAGAGCUGUUCACGUCUGAAGAAGACAGCAGCCUCUACUUCACCUACAGCGGAGGCUGCAAUCAGCUGGAGGUCAAAAACCUGCGCUACGAGGUGGAUACAGCAGCUCAGAUCCCCUGGUAUGAGAGGUUGUCAGAGUUCAAAUUACCGUGGGAGAUAAAGGGAAACAAGCAGACGGCCAUCGACAAGCUCAGCCUCAGAGUUCACAGCGGACAGAUGCUGGCUGUCAUCGGCAGUUCAGGUUGUGGUAAAACGUCUCUGCUCGAUAUAAUCACUUGCCGGGAGGAAGGGGGCAAAAUUACGUCGGGUGAGAUUCUGAUCAACGGGAAGCCCAACACGCCCCAGCUGGUGAAGAAAAGCAUCGCUCAUGUGCGCCAGGACGACCGCCUUCUCCCUCACCUCACCGUCCGCGAGACUCUCAGCUUCGUUGCCAAACUGAGGCUUCCCACCAACUUCACGCAGGCUCAGAGGGACCAAAGGGUGGACGAUGUCAUUGCAGAGCUGCGGCUGCGACAGUGCGCUCACACCAGGGUGGGAAAUGACUACGUGAGGGGUGUUUCUGGAGGAGAGAGGAGGAGAGUCAGUAUAGCUGUCCAGCUUCUCUGGAACCCUGGUAUUCUGAUCCUGGAUGAGCCCACCUCUGGUUUGGACAGCUUCACGGCCCACAACUUGGUCAUCACGCUGUCCCGCCUGGCCCGCGGGAACCGCCUGGUCCUGCUGUCGGUCCACCAGCCUCGAUCAGACAUCUUCCAGCUCUUCGACCUCGUCGUCCUGCUGUCUUCCGGUUCGGCCGUCUACUGCGGCGCGGCUCGCGAGAUGGUGCCUUACUUCACCGCCCUGGGCCACCCCUGCCCUCGAUACUGCAACCCCUCGGACUUCUAUGUUGAUCUGAUCAGCAUAGAUCGGCGCAGUCCAGAGAGAGAGGCUGAGUGUUUGGAGCGGGCCAGACUUCUGUCUGCGCAGUUCAUGGAAAAGGUCCGAGACAGUGACGACCACAUGUGGAAACCAGCUGGAAGCAGCGCAGCCCUGACACAAGCUGACAGCCCUCAGCAGCCAAACAGGACGAGAGGAGAAGAAGUAAUCACUAUUUCCAAGGAAAGAAACCAGCUUCCCGGCAAACUGCACCAGUUUACCAUCCUCAUCAGGCGUCACAUGUACAAUGACUUCAGAGACCUGGUCACCAUCCUGGUCCACGGCUUCGAGGCCCUCCUCAUGUCACUGCUGGUCGGUUGUCUGUACUACGGGGCAGGAGAAAACCGUCUGAGCAUCCAGGACACGGUGGCCCUCCUCUACAUGAUUGGAGCUCUCACCCCGUUCGCUGUGGUGCUGGACGUCAUAGCUAAAUGUCACACAGAGAGAGCCAUGCUUUACCAUGAGCUGGAGGACGGCAUGUACUCUGUCACCUCGUAUUUCUUUGCCAAGGUUUUGGGAGAGUUACCAGAACACUGUGUGUUCACGCUGGUCUACGGUCUGCCCAUCUACUGGCUGGCGGGGCUGAACGAGGCUCCGGACCGCUUCCUGCUCAACUUCUUGCUGGUGUGGCUGAUGGUUUACUGCAGCCGAUCCAUGGCUCUGUUUGUAGCAGCUGCACUGCCCACGCUGCAGACCUCGGCCUUCAUGGGCAACUCAUUGUUCACCGUCUUCUAUUUGACGGGAGGUUUCGUCAUCAGCCUGGAGAACAUGUGGCUCGUGGCCUCGUGGCUUUCUUAUGCCUCAUUCAUGCGCUGGGGUUUCGAGGGCAUGCUGCAGGUGCAGUUCAGAGGCAACAUGUACCCCGUGUCUUUGGGAAACAUCACCAUCCAGGUUGAUGCCAUACAUGUUGUGGAUGCCAUGAAACUGAACCAAUACCCUCUGUAUUCAUGCUACCUGGUGCUGCUGGCAGUCUGUCUGGGCUUCAUGUUGCUCUACUUCCUUUGCCUAAAGUUUAUCAAACAGAAGUCCAGCCAAGACUGGUGAAAUCACGUCUUUCAGGGCAGAGUGUCACUCUACAAGUUGCAGAAGUAGACGGAAGUCUUUUGGGUUCUCGCUCGACUGGUUCGACACCGAGCUCUCCAUGCUUGAUUUUACUGCACUUAUUAAAAUGUGAAAAGGUGCUUAAUUGACAGAAUUAAAAAUGCAUUAUUGUAUCUUUUAGAGUAUUCACAUUUUAUAACAUCAGCACUUUAUUGUUGAAUCACACAGUGUUAAGGAUACUUAAGAAAAAUAUAUAAAUUAUUGUGAUAGUUCCAAAUUUUCAACAGACAUCAAUGCACACGUAUCGUUUAUAUUUUAAAAUGAGAAUAAUUAGAUAUAGUAAGACAAAAACUUAGGUUUCAAAGAUGUGGCAUUUGUUGCUGUACCGCUGUCUGCUGCUGGGUGGCAGCAGAGCACUGUCGUAAUGUCAACAUUUAAAGAAUAUUGUUUCUUUUCCUCUCCUCUCAUGGCAAAUGAUUAGAGCACUACUUUGGCAGAUAUCCAUUUGCAGCUUUUUUUAAUCUCCCUUUUUUCCCGCAGGUUUAUCUUUUUUGUUUAAGUAAGUCUAAUGAACUCACUAAUAAUGUGAGGCGGUAUAGUAAGCACUGAGAAAACAAAAGACAACUAUAUUUAAUAUGUCACAUAACACACACAGAAAAAAAAUACCUUGUACAUCUUGUAUCCUCAUAGACUGUAGAUUGUGUAAGAGGUGAGUUUUUUUUUGCACUGGUGCAAAAGCCUGUUAAAUAUUUCACCAACACUGAGUUUGAGUUUCAAAUUAAUAAAGUACUGAAUCAAACCGCUCCACUUGAGCGUGUUUA